AUGAAAUUUAGCAAUGAAGUCUUCCGAUUUGCAUCAGCUUGUAUGAAUUCACGCACCAAUGGCACCAUCCAUUUUGGUGUCUUGGACAAACCCCAUGGUGCCCAUGGAGAAAUUGUUGGUAUGGAAAUCACCAGUAAAGAUGCCUUCAUUGACCACUUCAAUAUGAUGAUCAAACAUUAUUUUGAAGAAAGUGAGAUCAAUGAAGCCAAGAAGUGCAUUCGGGAGCCAAGGUUUGUGGAAGUCCUUCUGCAGAACAACACACCAUCUGACAGAUUUGUCAUUGAAGUAGAUGUUAUUCCAAAACAUUCUGUAUGUAAAGAAAAGUAUUUCUACAUUAUGAUGCAAAACUGUAAAGAUGAAAUAUGGAAACAAAACAAAGAGGCUUCACUGUUUGUGAGAGAUGGAGCUAGCUCUAAGGAUAUCCUGGCCAAUGUCAAGCAACGGGAUAAGGUUUUCAAAGAGUUUAUAAAUGAAAUAAAGUCACUAGCAGUAUCGAGAAAAGAGGCUGAAGAAGAAUAUGAAAGGAUGUCAAAUAGGACGGAGAGUGAAGGACAAAAGCUGGUUAAACUUUUCAUAGGAAACCGAGAGUCACUGGAUGAUUCAUACUACAAUUGGUACAUUCUUGUAACAAAUAAAUGCUAUCCAAACCAAACAAAGAACUUAGAUUUUCUAAACGAAAUUAAAUUGUUUGCUGUUUUGGAGUUUGAUCCUGAAUCUGAGAGCAAAGGGGUGGCCAAAACUUACAAAAGAAGCAGGUUAGCAAACCUUCACUUCCCAAAUCAAUAUGAGGAAAAGACUACUACUAGAGAGACAAUAGAAAGCCUGAAUCUUUAUGAUCAGCCCAGCUGGAUUUUCUGCAAUGGCAGAUCAGACUUCAAAGAUGAGAGGUAUAAGCCUUUAGAACCACAUUUAUGGCAGAGAGAAAGAGCUUCUGAAGUCAGGAAACUGAUUUUAUUUCUCACAGAUGAAAAUCUAAUGACAAGAGGAAAAUUUUUGGUAGUGUUUCUAUUAUUCUCUCUGGUGGAAAGCCCAGGAGAUCCACUCAUUGAAACCUUCUGUGCUUUCUACCAAGCUCUCAAAGGAAUGGAAAAUAUACUAUGUAUAUGUGCAGACUCACAGAUUUAUCAACAAUGGAAAGAUCUACUACGAGCAAGACUGACAAUAACAGAUGAAUUAACAAGCCAUAGUAUUUCCACUUUAAAUUUAGAGUUGAUAAACAGUACUAUCCUUACACUAAAACCAGUCACUCGUUCAUCAAGAAGGUUUUUGCCCUCCCCUGGAUCAUCUUCUGUUACCCUAGAGAAAAAGGAAGAGGAUGUCUUAACUGCACUGGAAAUACUCUGUGAAAAUGAAUGCAAAGACACAGAUAUUGAGAAAAAUAAAGCUAAAUUCCAAGAAUUUCAGAAAACAAAAGAAGAGCACUUUUAUCGAGGUGGCAAAGUAUCCUGGUGGAACUUCUAUUUUUCUUCUGAAAAAUAUUCUUUACCCUUUGUCAAAAGAGACAAUUACGAAAAGCUUACAGAUCUGAUACAGGAUUAUGCAAAGUCUCCUAAACCAACAUUUGUAAAAGUUAUCAAUCUUUAUCAUCAUCCAGGCUGUGGGGGUACUACAUUGGCUAUGAAUGUUCUGUGGGACCUAAAGAAAAAGUUCAGGUGUGCUGUGUUAAAAAACAAAGCAACUGACUUUAAAGAAACUGGAGAACAAGUAAUCAAGUUGAUUACCUAUAAGGCAUCUAGCCAUCAGGAUUAUAUUCCUGUACUUCUCCUAGUAGAUGAUUUUGAAGAACAGGAAAAUGUCUACAUUCUGCAGAAUACCAUCAAUUCCAUUUUAGCAGAUAAGGGUUUGAGAUACGAAAAAACACUGGUAAUUAUCUUAAACUGUAUGAGAUCCCAGAAUCCUGAUAAAAGUGCAAAUUUAGCAGAUAGUAUUGCACUAAAAUACCAACUUUCUGACAAGGAACGAAGAGCUUUUGAAGCCAAACUGGAGGAAAUUGAAAAGCAACACAACGACUGCGAAAAUUUUUAUUCCUUCAUGAUCAUGAAAGAAAAUUUUGAUGAAGAAUAUAUAGAAAAAGUAGUCAGAAAUACCCUAAAAGGACUGAAUAUUGACAGUAAGGAAGCACAACUCAUUUCAUACCUGGCUCUACUCAACUCUUAUGUUACAGACUUUACAAUUUCAGUCUCACAGUGUGAAAUAUUUUUGGGAAUCACAGGCACUAGUACACCCUGGAAACCUGAAAGCCUAGAAGACAAGAUGGGAACCUAUUCCACACUUCUAAUAAACACAGAAAUGGCAGAAUAUGGGGCAUGUGCAGGCGUGCGCAUCAUUCACCCUCUGAUUGCCAGUUGGUGUCUAAAAGAACUGGAAAGAAGCUAUCACUUGGAUAAAUGUCAAAUUGCUUUGAAGGUAUUAAAAGAGAAUUUAUUCUAUAAUUCUGGAAUAGGAAGAGACAAAUUUCAACAUGACAUACAAACUCUUCUGCUUACAAGACAGCGCAAAGAGUAUGGAGAUGAAAUAGACACUUUGUUUUCUCCGUUAAUUGAAGCUUUACAGAAUGAUGAAGUUGAAAGGGUCUUGACUGAAGGAACUCUUCGAUUCCCACAAAAUGCAUUUAUUUGCCAGGCCUUAGCAAGACAUUUCUACAUUAAAGAGAAGAACUUUGACACUGCUCUGGACUGGGCAAGUAUGGCCAAAAAGAGAGCACCUAAAAAUUCCUAUAUCUCAGAUACACUUGGUCAGGUCUACAAAAAUAAAAUCAAAUGGUGGUUGGAUGCAAACAAAAACUGUAGGGAUAUUACUGUAAAUGAUCUAACACAUUUUCUAGAAGCUGCAGAAAAUGCAUCAAAAGCUUUCAAAAAAUCCCAAGAGCAAACUGAUGGGAAAGACUAUGAAACUGAGACUUGGUCACCACAGAAGUCCAAAAGAAAAUAUGAAAUGUAUAAUACAGCUGGUUUCUUGGGUGAAAUAGAAGUUGGUCUUUACACUAUUCAGAUUCUUCAGCUCACUCCCUGUUUCCACAAAGAAAAUGCAUCAUCUAAAAAAAUUAUGGCAGAAUUUUUAUCAGGAAAGUGGGAUAUUCCUACAAAAACAAAAAAUGAAUAUUAUUUGGCUCUAUCUAAGUUCACUUCCUACUUACAAAAUUUACAACCAGAUUAG